AUGAGGAAGAAGAAGGAUGAGAACAAAAAGGAGAAACAAGAAAAUCGACAGGAAAAAGAAGGGAAGAGGAGUAGAUUGAGGAAGGAGGAGUGGCAAGAGGAGAAGAAGAGGGAAAAGGCAGAAAAGCAAGAGGAAAACAUUCCCUACGAGGAGGAGAAGGAUAAGGAGAAAAUGGAGGAGGAUAAGAGUGAAGGAGGAUGA